CACACUCACUCACACACCAAAGCUCAGAGAGAGCGCUGCAAUUCACCCAGAGCGCCCGAUCCUGCGUGGAUGGAUCUACAUCACCCCACGGAGCGCUGCCUGUAGAGCAUGAAACACAGCGUGCAGGGUUAAGGUCGUCCGCCUCUCCACCACUGCACUGAGACGGACAUUCAGGAGGGAGGGGAAGGAGAGAGCUCGUGCGUGCUGCCCAAACCAAACUGCCCAAACGCGCUCCUGGCGCUUUGCUGGACUGCGUGCAAACGCGAUCAACGGAAUGGCUAAAGAGGCGCGAGGUAAAGUGACUUUACGCAAGCACAGUGCUUCCCACUGGCGUAUGCAGAACAUCGCCCAAGAAUCCGUUGACAGCUCUGAUGAUGAGUUCUUCGAUGCUCGAGAGGUUCUGGAGGGGAAGACUGCUAUGCUGCUGGGGAUGAGUCAGUGGAACUCCAAUGACCUGGUUGAGCAGAUUGAAACCUUAGGCCACAUUGAUCAGACACAAGAGAGCUUGUACCAAAUUCGCAGGCCUAGGUGUGUACCCCAAACCAGCAUUGAUGGCCUAGAAGACGCUGAGACGAAGUGUCAGACGCAGGUGCUGGUGCUGGUGGUACAUGGGGGGAACAUUCUGGACCCGGCAGGUGGUGACCCGGGGGCGAAGGCUGCAGACGUGAGCACUCUGUCCUCAGUAUUGGAGAAGGUGACACAGGCACAUUUCCAGGCUGCCACCCAACAUGUGCUCAUUAAACUGGUGCCCUGCCCUGCUGUAUGUGCAGAAGCCUUCUCGCUGGUCUCCAACCUGAACCCCUACAGCUAUGAUGAGAGCUGUGUGUCCAGCAGUGUGGACCACCUACCACUGGCUGCCCUCCCCCUCCUUGCCAUCGCUGCACCACACUACCAAGACGCUGUGGCAACCGUCAUUGCCCGUGCCAAUCAGGUCUACCACAGCUUCUUGCAAUCCCCUGAUGGACAGGGCUUUGCUGGACAGGUGUGUCUGUUGGGCGACUGUGUGGGUGGCGUGCUGUGUUUUGAUGCUCUAUGUUUCAGCAACAGCCCUCAGCAUGGCAGCCCCAGCCAGAGAAGCAGACACAGCAGUACGGAGAGCUUGAAGGAUAACCGGGGGCUCCUGGGAGAGGCUGGCACGGGCCUGAGCUCCAGCAAGCGCCUCAGCAAGAGCAACAUCGACAUCUCGGCCCCUAGCGAGAGCCGUACGAAGCGGGCCCCGCUGAGCCGCAAACAGAGCGAUUCAUGCGACGCUGAUUCGUCCAGCAGUCAGCACCAUCCGUUUAUCAGCAGUCUGAUACAGGAUGGAGUAGACCCGAAGUCAACAGGCAGCAGUCCAAUUUUGAAUCCAGGCCGUUUUGAUUUCGAGGUUUCCGAAUGUUUCCUGCUAGGCUGCCCACUCGGACUGGUGUUAGCCAUGAGACGGACUGUGCUUCCUUCUGUACAGGUGACUCAGCUGCGGCCUGCCUGUUCUCAGAUAUUCAACCUGUUCUACCCUUCGGAUCCCUCGGCCUCAAGACUGGAGCCCCUCUUGCACUCUUGCUUCCACCGGCUACCCCCAUUCCCUGUGCCGCGUUACCAGCGUUACCCACUUGGUGAUGGGCGCUCCAACCUCAUCGCCGAUGACAUCCACAGCCACACUGAUGUGUUCCUGGAUGGGAGUCCGGCUCCAGGGGCCGCUCCACCCCCGUCCUCCCCGAAGGCGGAUGAGGCAGAGAGAGCAGUGAAGCUGGUGGGUGGCGGGGGCCGCAGGGCCAGCCUGACCAGCAUGGAUAGCCAGUCAUCCGGCUGCUGGGAAAGCAGGCUCAGCUGCACCAUUGCCAACAUCUCCAGUAGCUGGUGGGGCUCCAAACGGCUGGACUAUGCACUGUAUUGUCCUGAUGUCCUCACUGCCUUCCCCACUGUGGCUCUGCCUCACCUGUUCCAUGCUUCUUACUGGGAGUCUACUGAUGUUGUGGCCUUCUUGCUCAGACAGGUGAUGCGGUGUGACUGCGUGAAGGCUCAGGAGGCAGACAGCUCCGACUCCACCUCUUUUUCCCCUUCCAGCCCCAGAGAGAAGUGGCUACGCAGACGCACACAUGUCAAGCUAAGGAAUGUUACCUCCAACCACCGUGUGAAUGAUGUUAUCGCGACAGAGGACGGGCCACAGAUACUGGUUGGUCGCUUUAUGUAUGGCCCUCUGGACAUGGUCACUCUGACAGGAGAGAAGGUGGAUGUGUAUCUGAUGACUCAGCCUCAGUCAGGUCGCUGGGUGCACUUUGACACUGAGGUGACCAACAGCAGUGGCAGAGUUUCCUACACCAUCCCGGACAGCAAAAAGCUGCCUGUGGGGGUUUACCCUAUUAAAAUGGUUGUCAAGGGAGACCAGACGAGUGCUGAGGCCUUCCUGACGGUCCUGCCUCGGGGGAUGGAGUGUGUAGUGUUUAGCAUUGAUGGCUCCUUCGCUGCUAGUGUCUCCAUCAUGGGUAGUGACCCUAAAGUGCGCCCUGGAGCCGUGGAUGUGGUCAGACACUGGCAGGACCUGGGCUAUCUGAUCAUCUACAUCACUGGACGUCCAGACAUGCAGAAGCAGAGAGUGGUGUCGUGGCUUUCCCAGCACAACUUCCCCCACGGCAUGAUCUUCUUCUCCGAGGGGUUGGUGCAUGACCCCCUGCGCCAGAAAACCAUCUUCCUCAGGAACCUGAUGCAGGAGUGUCACAUUAAGAUCAACUCGGCCUACGGCUCCAUGAAGGAUAUCUCCGUCUACAGCAUGCUGGGCCUCAGCCCAAGUCAGAUAUAUAUAGUGGGCAGACCGUCUAAGAAGUACCAGAAUCAGUGUCAGUUCUUGAGUGAGGGCUAUGCGGUGCACCUGUCCUCUCUGCAGUUUGGCCACCGGGCCCGGCCUAAGAAGAGCUCCUCUGUGCGCAUGGUGCUUAGGAAAGGCUCAUUUGGCCUGUCAGCGAAGCCAGAUUUCCUGUGUAAGCGCACACAUCUGCGCCGCACAAUGUCUGUACAGCAGCCUGAACCGCCCAUGACCCCCAACCCCAAACCGGAGCGGGCCCAAAGCCAGCCUGAGUCAGACAAGGACCAUGGGGGUGGAGGAGGGGGAGGUGGACACAGCAUGUGGGCACGGGGGGCCAUGCAUCGUGGUGACACCACUCCCUGACCACAGAAAAAAGCAGGAGAGAGGGACGAGAGGAGAGGAAGAAGGGUUUUACGGUGGGCAAGGUCCAGCUCCUUCACCUCCUCUCAACCCUAGGCUGACGUUGCACCACAUGCUAGGACGAAUCUCGCCUCUGCUGCACUCCACUGUAAAGAGCUUGCCUCGACUCUGUUGGAUUUGACACAACAUCAUAUGUAAAGCCCCUGAUGCCUGAUGCCGGAGCUGUCCUGCUGGAGUCACAGGAACAGAGGGGGUUUCUGUAGUCUCGUAAUGAAGUUUCAGAAUCCAAUUGUGGCUGCGACAUUUCUGAGUUGACUUUUAUGUCCUGGGAGGCUCUGAUGCAGUGUUGCAGUGAUGUGGCUGUUUCCUUUCUCAGCUUUGUGUGGAUUUACCUAGUGAUCCACAUGGCCUUUUCUUCAGAGGAGCUGAACACAGAAGGGCCGUGCUCUAAAGUUCUAAAGGCGAGAGGACAUCCGAUUAGAUUCCAGCCCAAACGUUAAGAUAUUGAAGAAGAAAGCUCAUAACCUGCUGCUUGGACAGGUCUUGGUGCUGGCUCCUGCAAUAAUACUUCUAUGUAAAUACUGCAGGCACUACCCUGCUACCUGGGCAGCUGUCCACAGGUCAUCUGCAGCAAUGGGGCUAGCCUGGCAUAUGCUGGCUCUUCACUUUGACCCAGACCCCUGGGCAUCUGACCACACGGGCGACUGCUAAACUCCCCCCUGCCCUCUCCACUGGGUCACAAUUCUCGUCCCAUCUCUCUUAUACAGUCCCUCUCAUAUUAGCAGCUAUGGGAGCUGCUGGAUGGGAUUUUAACCAUCAGUGAAUUUGUUUGUGCCUGACCUUCUCCCAUUUGUGUGGCGCUAAAACAAAACAGAGUAUGUUACUAUGGGUGUAGUUGCUUGUGGCAAUAGCUAAAUACACCAAUGUUUACCAUAGGUCAAAUGAUGACUUUGUAUCUGUAUUGCAGUGGUGACUGUAGUUGUUCACAAGAUUGUUACUGUACUGCCACAAUAUUCAAACAAUACUGGCAUAAUUACUUAAUCCGAUAUUGAUAUUGUUUACAAAUAAAUGAUCCUUGUACAUAUAUAUAAACAGUAUAUAAAUGGAGAUCAUUAUUAGCCAUUUUGAGAGAUGUUGAUUGUCUCGGCGUGUUCUACCUGUAAUGUUGCUUUUUGUAGUAAUGAAAACUGACUUUUUCAUUAAGGAACUGAGAACUGCAACAUGUUUAUUACUGUAAAUUUGCCUAACCAAAGUAUGUUACACUUUCUUGUACAUUUAGAUGUAGAGUGCCCUUUGUAUAGGCUGUGUAGUGUGAAUGUGUUGAUUUGGACAUUUUUGUAUUCGUUGUACAUAUUUGAAAUGAAGAGCAGUUGUUACAUCUUGACAAAUAAGGUCUUAAACUUAGUAAGGUCUUAAACUAAGUCUGCGACUUGAGCCUAUGAGACUACGGGAAUUUAAAGACAUACUGUAUUUAUAUGAUCUUUUGUGUGUGAUGUUCUGAAUCAAAUUGUGAUCAUUGUUACUGAUGAAAUAUUGUCAGUAUACACAGUAUAUGAAUGUAUUUGCAGCCUUAUAAACAUUGUGUGUACAGUCGUACAUUUAUUCGUCUUACAAAGGUAUAGAUAUUCCAAUUAUGUGCUAUAAGAGAAUAUAUUUGUAUUUUCCUCAAGGUAUUCGUUAAGAUGGAGAUAUAUUAUUAUAAUUUAUGACAGGAUAAUUAAAUGAUGGUAUAACACAACUGUACUAGCUGCAGCCAAUAAAUGUUCUUUUGGCUCUGAA